CUAAAACAUGCUUAAUCCUUUACCAAUAACUUUUAAGCUCGUAUAGUAGCUAAGAAAAAUGUUUUUAAAAAUUCAAAGCGAAUAGGAUUAGGCAACCAUGUUUUGUAAUUUGCACAUUACUGUUGGCAACAUCGAUAAAAACCACCCCAAACCUUUGAAUCUUUUUUAGGGGCUGUGCGACUUUAAUAAAAAUCAAAAGUAAACUAGGUUUAAAGCUAUGCCUUAAUUAAAGCAGUUAUUUUAAAAAUUGUCCCUAUUUAAAAAGGUUUAACUGAGGAACGCUCCCUAACUGGCCAUGAUAGACCCAAGCUCAAGCGAAGAAGAGGGAGAUGAAGAACCCGUUGUCAGCUUACCCAAUAAAGGCCGUAUUGGAGCUACACAUAAAACAGUCACCCCCGUUGCUGGGGCUUCUGCGCCGAGCCAACCGGCCAUAACUUCAACAUCUGGACCAAAUAAUUUCCAGAAUGGUGACUGUCCAGUCAAUCAAAGACCAUCAAGUUUUACUGCUGGCAAUUCUCGCGUUGACGGCACAAAUGGAGGCGGUGGCGGAGGAGGAGGAGUUGGAGGGGGAGCAAUGCAGUCAAAAAAUGAUCAACCCCAACCUGGAAUAGAUGGAAGCAGUCUUGAGGUACCCAAUAAUGGAAUUCCAAGUGGCAUUUCGCAAGAGACUCUUAAUCAAAGUGUUGGUGGAUCAUCGCGUGCGAAUUCUCUACCACGCCCACUUUCUCCAUCCCCAUCAGUUGCCAGCGAUAAGCAUGACCAUGGUGAUCCGCAUGAAAAGCACGAGCGCGAGGAAGAGGAACGUAAGCGACGCAUUCAGCUGUAUGUGUUUAUAUCCAGAUGCAUAUCAUACCCGUUUAAUGCAAAACAACCCACGGAUAUGACGAAAAGGCAACCGAAAAUAACCAAACAGCAAUUAGAGAUAAUCACACAAAGAUUUCAGGCCUUUCUCAAGGGCGAAACACAGAUAAUGGCUGAUGAAGCCUUUCAAAACGCUGUACAAAGUUACCACGAUGUAUUUUUAAAAUCUGAACGAGUUUUAAAAAUGGUUCAGUCUGGAGCAUGCUCGCAGCACGAUUUCCGAGAAGUUUUUCGCAAUAAUAUAGAAAAACGUGUGAGAUCCCUACCAGAAAUUGAUGGAUUGAGUAAGGAAACGGUGUUGACUUCUUGGAUGGCAAAGUUUGACAUCAUUCUUAAGGGUAGUGGAGAAGAGGAUACCAAACGUCCUUCGCGCAUGCAACAAUCAUUAAAUAGUGAGCUGAUUUUAUCCAAAGAGCAGCUCUAUGAUAUGUUUCAACAGAUUUUAUCUGUCAAAAAAUUCGAACAUCAAAUUCUGUUUAAUGCCCUAAUGCUCGAUUCUGCUGAUGAACAGGCUGCGGCUAUUAGACGAGAGUUGGAUGGACGUAUGCAGCGUGUUGGAGAAAUGGAGAAGAAUCGAAAGCUGAUGCCAAAGUUCGUACUUAAGGAAAUGGAGUCUUUAUACAUUGAGGAACUAAAAUCAUCUAUUAAUCUAUUGAUGGCUAAUCUGGAAUCUCUUCCCGUAUCAAAAGGAAAUAUGGACAGUAAAUAUGGGCUUCAAAAAUUGAAACGUUAUAACCACAGCACACCAUCAUUUUUAAAAAUGAUUCUGCGAUCUCAUGGAUCUCUAUCGAAGCUAGAAGGUGACUCAGAAGAUGGUUCUACACAAUUAACCAAAUUGGAUGUUGUUCUCACAUUUCAAUUGGAAGUCAUUGUAAUGGAAGUGAAAGGCCUAAAGUCUUUAGCGCCAAACCGGAUUGUCUACUGCACAAUGGAGGUGGAAAAUGGGGAAAAACUGCAAACUGAUCAAGCCGAGGCAUCGAAACCAAUGUGGGAUACUCAGGGCGAUUUCACUACUACUCAUCCAUUGCCUGUCGUAAAAGUGAAGCUGUAUACAGAAAACCCUGGAAUGCUCGCACUAGAGGAUAAGGAGUUAGGAAAGGUCAUCAUAAAGCCUACACCGCUUUCUUCCAAAUCGCCAGAAUGGCAUCGUAUGAUCGUGCCCAAAAACUUACCCGACCAGGAUGUACGGAUAAAGAUAGCAUGCAGGCUUGACAAACCGUUAAAUAUGAAACACUGUGGACAUCUGUUUGCAAUUGGAAAAUCGGUGUGGAAAAAGUGGAAACGCCGAUAUUUUGUUUUAGUUCAAGUGUCUCAAUAUACAUUCGCAAUGUGUAGCUAUAAGGAAAAGAAAUCGGAACCGUCCGAAAUGAUGCAGCUAGAUGGAUAUACAGUUGAUUACAUCGAAGCAGCCAGUGCAAAUCUUAUGUUCGGAAUCGAUUUGAAUGGUGGCCGAUUUUUCUUUAAUGCGGUACGCGAAGGCGACAGCAUUGCUUUUGCAUGUGACGAUGAAAACGAAUGCAGCCUCUGGGUUAUGGCUAUGUAUAGAGCAACUGGUCAAUCUCACAAACCCACUCCACCGAUAACUCAGGACAAAAACUCGGCCAUGUCUAAGAUUCAAGGGGAUGCGGAUAAAGCACGGAAGCAUGGAAUGGAGGAUUAUAUAAGUGCGGAUCCGUGUACAUUUGAUCAUGCAAGCUUAUUUAAAAUAUUACAAAAUCUAACACUUGAAUACCGGUUAAGUGAUCCUUAUGCGUCUUUGGGAUGGUUUAGUCCAGGACAGGUCUUUGUUUUGGACGAAUACUGCGCUCGAUAUGGUGUUCGUGGCUGCUAUCGACAUUUGUGCUAUCUUUCAGAUCUAUUGGAUCGUGCUGAAAAACAGCACAUGAUUGAUCCCACAUUGAUCCAUUAUUCUUUUGCAUUCUGCGCAAGCCAUGUGCACGGCAAUAGGCCGGAUGGUGUGGGCAGUAUAACACAUGAGGAAAAAGAGAAGUUUUCGGAAAUAAAAGAACGUUUACGUCAGCUACUCGAGUAUCAAAUAACAAAUUUCAGAUAUUGUUUUCCAUUCGGUCGGCCAGAAGGGGCAUUGAAAGCAACGCUAUCGUUACUCGAAAGAGUUCUAAUGAAGGAUAUCGUUACCCCAGUACCCCCGGAAGAAGUGCGACAAAUGAUUAAAAAAAGCUUGGAGACUGCUGCACUUAUCAACUACACAAGGCUAUCAGCUGAAGCUAAGAUCGAAGAGGAUUUACGUGGUGAAGUGAUUGUACCACCACCUAAAAAACUUGAGGACUUGAUACAUUUGUCCGAGCUUUGCGUUGAUCUACUACAGCAGAAUGAGGAGCAUUAUGGCGAACUGCGAAAACCAGACAACAAGAAGGAUAAAGUUAAGACAAUAAAGGAAGGCGGUGCAGAUGGGACUGGACCGCCCAAUGAUGCUGGUUCCACUGUCGCCGGUGCUUCAUCUAGUCAGGGAAACAAUAGCAUGGAUCAAGCCUCUUUGGAUGUUGCUACAGCUGCCGCUAACACUAACGGACCGCCCCCAUUUCGCUACUGUAUGCCCACACAUGCGGUGUACACAUCGCCAGUACCAACGGCAUUUGCUUGGUUCAGCGAUCUACUGGUUGAGCAUGCGGAAAUAUUCUGGUCUCUAUUCGCAGUGGACAUGGAUCGAGUUUUGUCCGAGCAAGCACCAGAUACAUGGGACUCGUUUCCAUUGUUUCAAAUACUUAAUGAUUAUUUAAGAUCUGAUGAUAAUUUGCGAAAUGGAAGAUUUCAUCAGCACCUGCGUGACACGUUUGCUCCAUUGGUGGUGAGAUAUGUAGAUCUCAUGGAAUCCUCGAUAGCUCAAUCGAUACACAAGGGCUUCGAGAAAGAACGCUGGGAGAGCAAAGGGAUUAACGCCGCCUUGAAUCCAGCUGCAUUAAAUAAUGCCGCCCAGGCUUUAAACACGGCUGCUCUUAAUCCUGCGGCCCUGCUGAGCGGCAAGAAAGAUCAAAUCAAUUUUUAUGUGCCGAAGCUACCGAAAUGCACAGCUGCUGCGGCUGCAGCGGGUGGUGUUGACGAAACGAGAAAUGGUUGUGCAACAUCGGAAGAUUUAUUCUGGAAAUUGGAUGCAUUGCAAUCUUUUAUUAGAGAUCUGCAUUGGCCAGACGCCGAGUUCCGACAGCAUUUGGAGCAGCGACUUAAGAUGAUGGCCGUGGAUAUGAUUGAACAGUGUAUACAGCGAACGGAUUCGUCGUUUCAGUCGUGGUUAAAGAAAAAUAUUGCCUUUAUAUCGACCGAUUAUAUAAUACCAGCAGAGAUGUGCGCUAUGGUAAAUGUGAUAUUAGAUGCUAAAAAUCAAAGCUUUAAAUUAACUACAAUUGACGGUAUCGAUCUGUACAAAUUCCAUGCAAGAAUCGAUGAACAAAUCGACAAAGCGAAUGUAGCCAUGACACAAGGUUUAAGUGGAAAACUUAUGUCAGUGCUGGAGUCGACUUUGUCGAAGUUAGGGCGUUACGAUGAGGGCAGUCUCAUUGGAUCAAUUCUUAGUUUUACCAAUGUUUCGAGCUCUGGCAAGGAUCUCGGACAAGGAUAUGUGAAUUUUUUUCGAAAUAAUAUGGAUCAAAUACGUGGUAAAAUCGGCGAUGACCUAUGGACAUUAAACUUCUUUGAGGAAUGGUAUUAUCAGCAAGUAAAUAUGCUCUCCACUUGGUUAUCAGAACGUAUGGAUCACUCCUUACACUAUGCCCAGGUCACGUCUAUCUCUCAUAUUAUUAAGAAAAUUUAUUCGGACUUUGAAUUACAAGGUGUUCUUGAGGACAAGUUAAAUUCAAAAGCAUAUCAGUCAGUUAUACAACGUAUGACUGCCGAAGAGGCAACCUGUGCGCUGACUAUGCCUGAUGUUGCCGAUGGAGAGCUAAAUUGUGACGAUAUGCGUAAUGGUGAUGAAGAGGACGGCAGCGAGGGUGGAGAGUCAGGUACCCAUUCAUCGCGCAGCAUGCCAAAGCCAAAGAUUGGAGCCGCUCAAGCAGCGGCCGUUACCAAUGUGGUAGCUGGCCGUGUGGGAAAUCUCCUAGGUAAAGGCAUUGGCGGACUUAGCUCAAAGCUAGGAAGUGGUGGCUGGUUUUGAAUCCUUUGGAUAUAUAGUUCCAUAUAUAUUUUUUCUCGUCCAGCUUCUGAUGGCAGCUUUGUAGCUUUGCUAAGAGCCAAGUCCACAGUUGCAUUAUUCAAUUUAUUUUGUUUGACAUCGGAAAAUAAUGGAUUCGAUAAAUAUAAGUCUAUUCCAUAAUAUCAGUGGAUAUACAUGAAAUCCGUUGUUAUUAUGUAUAUUUUUUUUCAUAAUAUUUAUGUAUAAAAUCAAUCAUGGGUAUUAUUAUUUAAAGAGCAGUUAUUUCUAGUAUAAAAAACAGAAACUUACAUAACAAACAUAAUUACCUCUUCAAUAAUAGUAUAGUAUACACAAUUAUAUAUACAUAUUAACUACAAAAACA